AGAAUGAUAGGAGAAAGGAAUAUUACAGAAGUCACCCAUUUCAUCCUCGUGGGUUUCUCAGAUUUGCCUAGACUCUUAACACUGCUCUUCAUUGUAUUCCUGUUGAUCUACAUUACCACCGUGACUUGGAACCUGUGCCUGAUUAUUUUAAUAAAGAUGGACUCCCACCUCCACACACCCAUGUACUUCUUCCUCAGUAACCUGUCCUUCAUCGACAUCUGCUAUGUGACCACGACGGUUCCCAAGAUGCUCUCCGGCUUCUAUCAAGAACAGCAAACUAUCACCGUUAUGGGUUGCGCUAUUCAGUAUUUUGCCUUUUCAUUGAUGGGACUGAGUGAGUCUUGUGUCAUGACAGCCAUGGCUUAUGACCGCUAUGCUGCCAUUUGUAACCCACUUCUCUACUCAUCUAUCAUGUCACCCACCCUUUGUGUGCGGAUGGUAUUGGGAUGUUAUACGGCUGCAUUCUCGGGUUCUCUAUCCCAAUUCUGUGCCAUACUUCGGCUCUACUUCUGUGGGCCUAAUAUUAUUGAUAACUUCUUCUGUGACAUUCCCCAACUCUUAAACUUGUCCUGUACUGAUACUUUCCUUUCACGAGUCCUAUUGGCUAUAGUAACAAUGAUCUUUGGAGUAACAAAUGCCAUACUUAUCACGAUAUCCUAUGUCUAUAUUGUCCUCGCCAUCUUAAAGAUCACUUCCGCUAAAGGUAGAUCCAAGGCUUUCAACACCUGCGCUUCUCACUUGACAGCUGUCACCCUCUUCUACAUGUCAGGUGUCAUUGUUUAUUUGAGUUCCGGCACUGGAAGCUCUUCACCCCUUGACCGAUUUGGAUCAGUGUUCUAUUCUGUGUUGAUCCCCAUGUUGAACCCUUUGAUAUACAGUCUGAGAAACAAGGAAAUCAAAGAUGCCUUGAAGAAGCUUCCAAAGAAGAGAAGGUAUUGCUGA